UACUGGGAUGUACUGGGGUGUGCUGGGAUGUACUGGGGUGCAAUGGGAGGUACUGGAGUGCGAUGGGAUGUACUGGGCCAUACUGGGGUGCAGUGGGAUGUACUGGGGUGUGCUGGGAUGCACUGUGGUGCACUGGGGUGUACUGGCCCAUGCUGGGAUGUACUUGGGGUGUGCUGGGAUGCACCUGGGUGUACUGGGCCUUACUGGGGUGUGCUGGGGUGCAAUGGGAUGUACUGGCGUGCACUGGGGCACGCUGGGGCACACUGGGGCACACUGGGCCGCCCCGGUCCGUGCAGGGCCGGCCCCGCCGCCCCGCGCCCCCACGCCCGCCCUGUCCCCGCAGAAGGGACCGUCCCGGGAGCGCGCGGCAGCGCCCCGGCCCCGUGGGGAGAGGCCCCGGCUGCCGCCCGGCUGCCCCCCCGCGGGGCCCGAGCUCGCGGCCCCCUGGCUGCCGCGGGCGCUGCGCGGGCAGCGGGACGACAGCGACGUGGCCGAGCUGCUGCGGGAGCUGCUGGAGCGCGUCAUGCGCGAGUGCGCCCGGGCCAGCGCCGUGCGGGAGCGGGUGCCCUUCACCGUGGGCCAGGCGCGGGACGCGCUGCUGCAGAUCGCCCAGUGGCGCUUCCCGCUGCGGGACGAAGGGGACCUGGAUCCCGGGGGAGAGGAUGAGGAGCCGCAGCCCUGCACCGGCGACUCCUGGGCGGAGGGCGCCGUGCCCGUGCUGAGCACCCAGCGCUGCCCGGACCCGGUCUCUAAUCCAUGCACCCCGUUCCCGGGCGGGCAGCUGGACCCCGAUGCGGUGGCCGAGGCCGGAUCCUCCCCCGUGCAGCCCCCGUCCCUCGGUGAUGUCUCCAGCGGCAGCGACAUCGUGCCCGGGCCGGGGCCGCCCACCCCAGAGCCGCCGCAGGACGAGGCGGCCGCCGCUCCCCGGUUCCUCAAGGGAAAACCAGCCCGUGCUCAAGCGCCGCUGCCGCGGGUAGCCCCGCUCCGCCCGGCCAGGCCACCGGCUCCGCGCCCGGCCAGGCCACCCGCGCCACCGGAGCCACCGGGGCCGGACCGGCCGCCGCGGUCCUCCUACGGGGACGAGGAGGGGAGCGUCGUGUUCAGUGGUCACAAGCCGCGGCUGCCGCCGCUCUCCCGCAGCAGCAUCUUCUCGCUGUGGUCAGGGAGGGCCCCGCGCAGCAGCGUCCCGAAGCGGGGCGGCUCCGGCUCCGUGCUGGCGGUCCCGGGGCUGUGUCCCGGCAGGCGGCCCGAGCGCUGGAUCCGGCCGCAGGUGGAGGUGCUGGAGCCCGGUGCCGGGCGGCGCAGCCGGGGCUCGAAGCCGAGCAGCUCCCGGCUGCACCGGGGCCCGGUCACUGCGGCGGGGACGCAGCCCCAGACCGCGGCGGCGGGGUCCCGGCCGCCGCACGGCGCCGAGCCGCGGCAGCUCGGGUCGCUGCUGGACCCGGCCCGGCUGGCGCCCGGGGUCACCGUGCGCUGGGGCGGCUGCGUGCGGCGCGGGGGGCGCGGGGAGCAGGAGCAGGAGGAGGAGGAGGAGGAGACGGGGGAGCUGAGGCCGAUCUGCCCCAGCGCGCCCUCCGCGCCCAUCGCGGCCGGGCGGGUAACGGGCGAGCAGUGAGCGCCGUGUCCGCUGCGCCCGCCCUGCUUGAAGGGACCCAAUAAACCAACGUGUGUGUCA